AAUUCAACCAACAAUGGCAGUUCCAAUUUCAUUAUCCCUCUCAAAACUUCACUUUCUUCCAAAUCCAAAACAAACCCAAUUCUCUUUUACACAUAAAGAUCCAAACUUUAUCUUCUCUACAAGAAAAAAGACCCAUUUUCCAGCACCCAUUAUCAGUAAUUUGAAAAAUGCUGCAACAAUUUUGGGUUUUUCUGGACUUGCUUUUACAACUCUAAUGGUGGGCUCAGCUUCUGGUUCUGAGUUAGGUUUAAUGGAUUCUUCUUCUUUUCAAUUCAAUGAACCUUCUAAUGCUCUGUCAUUGCACACUUGGGCUAGUCAUGUUUCCACUGUUGUUGAAUGGGUAACUGCUAUGGCUCUGGUUUGGCAAUAUGGAGAAAAGUCGGGUUAUGAAUCUUGGAAGGGACUCUCCUGGGGUAUGGUGCCCCUGCUUGGAGGAGCACUCUGUGCCUGCACUUGGCAUUUCUUUUAUAACUCGGAGUCUCUUGAGGUAGUAGUGGCUCUACAAGCAGCUUUGACAGUUAUCGGUAAUGCCACAAUGUGCUUUGCAGCAUUCCGGAUAUACAGAUCAUCACAGAACCAGUCAAACAAACUGUGAUCAUCAUCGUUGAGUCCAGUGUACUUUCUUCAGUCACCUCACCCGACUAAAUUCUCCGUCUAACUCGUACAUAACGUAACGAUCCCUAUAUUGUUUGUGCUGAAAAACAACAAUAGGAAGAGGAACAUACAGCGCGUAGUGAGACACAAUGUGUAGCAUGCAAUGAAAUCGUUGCUCCAUGCGAAGAAAUGAAGAGUUUUUAGCAAGAAGAUGCCACCAGUGUGGACUGAGCUCUAGCUAGCUCGUGAAGAAAUCAAAAGCGGAUCCAGGAUUUUGAAUUUAUAUUGUUUAACUUUUAAGGUUUUUAGACUAAACUCAUUGUACUUCUUUGAAUUCAUGUACUCGAGAUUUGAAAUUUAUAAAUAUCAAUGUUUGAAUCAAAUUCUCGAUUAUU